AUGAGCGACCUGGAGCCGUUUACAAAUUACGGCAUUUACCUCCACGCCUCGACGAGCAUGCUGCUCAACAUGACCCCGUACGACAACUUCUCCAUCCAACAUGUCGGUCAUUGCGAUUGCACCCGAGCACUACCUGUACGCUGCGCUUCUGUCGUUUGCGGGUUUUGCAUGAUGUCGCUCAUCUUUGCGAGCGUGACGGCCAUCUACAUUCGGCAAACGUCCCGCGCGUCCGAGUACCAAGCCAAAAUCAAGACCGUCAUGUCGGACCUCAAGGCGCUGCAAGUGCCACGCGAGCUGCGCACGUCGGCCAAAAACUACUACGACAUGCUCUGGCGCGUCAAGAAGACAUCGGAUCGCUACGAACGGGCGAUCUACGAAGACGAAGACUUGUCGCCUCUGAUUCGCGCCGAAAUCGCACUUCACAUCCACCGACGCACGAUCGCGCUCGUGCCGCUCUUCAAAGGUUGCACGGACGACUGCCUUGCGUCCGUGGUCACGCGGCUCAAGACGCAUUUGUACAACGAGAAGGACGUGAUUUUCCACCGCGGCGAGCCCGGGCGAUGCAUGCUCAUCAUUAUCCGCGGCAAGGUCAAGAUCAUUGGCCCCGACAACGCAGUCGUGGCCGUGCUCAAAGAAGGGAGCUUCUUUGGCGAGAUCGGCCUCCUCGCCAAUACAUCGCGGUCCGCCACCGCGGUCGCCGCUUCGUUUUGCGAGAUGAAGAGCCUCGACCAAGUGGACGCCGAGGUCAUUUUUGCGCUGUACCCCAACAUUUUAGACCGCUUGUACCGCGAGUCGGACAAGCGCAAGCGCGAGAAUAAGAACCGGUCGAGCGUCACCAGCAUUAAAGUGCUCGACAAUGCGCACGUCAUUGACAAGGACGCGAUCGACGAGAUGACGUUCGAAGAACGAAGCGCGCCACUGAGUCGCGUCUUUGAGCGCAGCAGCAGCGCCAACGAAGUCCUCAAGGGCGAGCGCUUGAGCCUCAUGGUGGCAGCGAACAACGGCACUCGGAGCUUGAAGAACCUACAGAACGACCGCACGGACUCCGAGCGCGCGAUAUCAUCCCCACCAAUUGCCGCCGGCUCGGGCCACACCGUCGUCAAAGAAACCUUGUCGAGCCUCACGAGUCUGCGCGUGGACGUCGAGCGCCUCAAGGAUACACUUCAAACGAUUCUCGAAAACCAAGCGCAGCUCAUGACAAAGCUCAAUGCGGUGGGAACCAAGGGCUCUGUACACAAGCGCAAAGAUGGCACCGUCGUCAAGUCCAAGGCCACGACAGAUCGCUCCUUUAAGCUGCGCCGGCAGCGGAGCCGUGGCCCGUGA